UGCGAUAGGCUGAAAUGAUGAACUAUAAAGGAUACUCAGUUAUUAUAAAAGUCAUUCAUUCCUCAGAUAACCCCCUUAUCACCAAAAUGGCGCUAUGCGAUUGAAAAACGUAUAGAAGACGAACGACAACUAACGAUGCGAUCGAUAGCAGAUGGAGCAAGGCUAAAACCAGGUCAUUUUUGGGACUUACCUGGAACAUUUCUAUUCGCGAUUUAUGUUAUGACAGCAUUAGGUUUCGGUGCUCCCGUGCCACAUACAUUAUGGGGGCGAACAUCUGCAUUAAUUUAUGCUUUUGUCGCUAUUCCUACUCAUAUAUAUUUAAUGGUAAAUGCGAGUACGUGUAUGUUAGUUCACGUAGAAGCAUACAAAAAGCAGUUAAAGGAGAACUUUUGGCGAAAAUUUAGCGAACACAAACAUGAUUUUGUGAACAAAAGAGAAAGUGCUCACUGUAGCAAUAACUCAGAAAUUUCGAAACAACCAAAGACGUGGAAUUUACGGAGAAAAGUUAUUGCAUGUUUCGACGUCAUCGGCACCGGCCACUGCGUGCCUCUGACAACUAUCUCAUACUACAUAAUUGGUGUGGUGGCAUUUGGAAUACUACGGAGUAAGACGCCUUUGGAAACCGCUAUGUUUCCAUUAGAAUUCACAACCACUGGCGGAUUGGAACUUGUAGAGGGCUAUGUGCGUGUUCUCUACGGGUUCUACGUUGAAGGUGCAAUGUGUCUGCUUGCCUAUGUACUUGCGUGUAUACGCCGCCAUGGUAGUCCACUUUUUUUAAGUAUAUCAGAAAAUUGCAGAUUGUUUGAAACAGAUACUUGUAAAGAAUGUCCUAAUAAUAAAGAGAGAGUAUAAUAAAA